CUCUCUUCUCUCUCCCCUUCUGCUUCGUCUUCUUUUUGCCCUUUUUCUUCUUUAGUCUAUUUUUCUCAUCUUGGGCCUUGCUAAACCCAGCAACCUCAGCUGGGUCACUGUUAAAUCUGCAACUUUCCUCAUCUCCGUCCCUGUAACGAAUCAUGGCUAUGGCGAAAGCGGUGAAUGAUGCCGAGUUAUGGCUUCCCUCGCAGAUCCUGACCGAUGCCGACAUCCUCGGCGACAAGGAGAACGAUAAGAAUGGCGUCAACGCUGACUUGGAUGCUUCUUUCGGCUUCCCCUCGGAGUUUCCCUACGAUUUUUACUCUUUCGGGCCUUCUGGCUCCGCUAUGAGCUCGCCGGUGGAGUCGGUGGCUGGUUCGACGGAGACUGAUAGCAGCGGUAGCGACGUUGACGAGGACUUCUUUGCGGCCUGGAGUCGCCGGUUGAGUCAGUCGUCCCUCUACAAAACUCCAAAACUCACUGUCGCCACUUGCUGCGACAGGGACAAAACUGAGGUUCAGAAAACUCGUGGCUUAGCCCGGUCGCCUCAGUCGACUUUGAGCGGAAUCGGAAGCUGGUCCGGUAGCAGCGCUGUCUCUGGCGACAGAAGCCCAAGUAUAGGUUCUCAGGUUCCAUCCCCUCCAACGACGCCGUUUCCUGCAAAGAAUGACCUCGCCUGGGAUGUCAUCUACGCCGCUGCUGGACAAGUCGCGAGGCUGAAGAUGAACAGUGAAGUUUCCAAGUACGAUUUCCAGAACGGUGCGUUUCUCGGUGCCCCUCGGCCUGCAAUUCCAAAGACUCAAGCCCCAUCGAUUUACUCGAACCAGAGCUUCCUUCAGGUUCAGGCUCAACAGGCGAGCCAGCAACAGUGUACUUCUGUGUGGGGGAGGCAAGCUAAAGCUGACUGGCUGGCUCAGCAGCAGCAGAAAAUGCAAAACAGAGCUGUGCGCAAUGUUGGGUACGAGAGUGUGAAAUGUGGGCGUCCUUUGUCUAUGCCCCAUUGUGCUUGGUCUCCUCUCCAAGUUCAAACCCACAAUCAUCAGCAGGUGCAGCUCAAUGGAUCUGGAUCACGAGCCGCCGCGAACGGCGGAUCUGUUGGUAGAAGGGGAUGUGGUGGAACAGGGGUUUUCCUCCCUCGCCAGUACGGAAACCCACCAGAGCCUCGCAAGAAAACAAGUUGUGCGCCUGUCCUGCUUCCGUCCAAGGUUGUUCCUGGUCGGAACUUGAAGAGCGAUGACCUGAAUGCAGCCAAUCAAACAGGCUUCUCCGCAGCAUUUGCCGCCGAGUAUGAUGCAUUAGUGGCUCGAAGAAAUGCUCUACUCUUGCAGCAGCAGAGAAUAAGUGGUCGGCCAGAGGAGGUAGCGAACCACGACCUACGCUUACCCCAGGACUGGAUAUACUGACCGAAGCAAGAAGAUUCAAAUUCUCCAAGUUAAACUAGUGAAGUGGGGCAAGUGCAAUAGGUUUUAAGUAGGGAUCAUGGUAUUUUGGUUUUAAAAUUUUUCAAUAGGGAUGAUGAAGAAGAAGAUAUUCAAGAAUGUUGUGUUAGCUUUUAGGUGCAAUAAAGCAAUAUCUAUAUUUUUUGGGAUAAGAUUGCGGGUUGUAGGUUGUGGCUUUUCGUUGCGUAAACAGUGAAGAAGAAGAAAUAGGAGUUUAGUGUUUUUAUUUUGGUUGUAAUAAGCUAAAGCUUAGUAGCCGAUCUUCUUCCUUCCUGCACUAGUGGGUGAUGGGAAGGAAGAGGAAAGUCGGGAGGGGGAAGAAGUGUGAAGCAAGUUAGUAGUAGCGUCAGAGAUUGGAAGUUUUUACCCAGAACUUGUAAAUCCCUGGCCGGUAAAAAAGUUAUGUAAUAAUUUAUACUAAGUAAUAAUAAUAUUAAUGUUAUUAUUUCUUCA